AUGAAGUUGGCGUAAACAUGGCGUUAGUCGGGUAAUUGCUUCAGUGGUUGUGAUGAAAACAAUUCAAUGAGAAAACAAAUAAAAAUUCUCGCAACUUUAUUUAAUUUAUUCGUUAUUGUAUAAUGGAGCGGCACUGAGCUCUUCACGAGACUGGCUGCCAGGCUCAAACCAUGGGGAAACAGAACAGCAAACUGAAACCUGAAGUCUUGGAAGAUCUUAAACAGAACACAGAAUUCUCAGAUGCUGAGAUUCAAGAAUGGUACAAAGGAUUCCUCAAGGACUGCCCUAGCGGCCACCUUUCCGUCGACGAAUUUAAAAAAAUCUACGGUAACUUUUUUCCUUACGGUGAUGCUAGCAAGUUUGCAGAACAUGUAUUUCGUACAUUUGAUGCAAACGGAGAUGGCACCAUCGAUUUCCGGGAGUUUCUAUGUGCUCUGUCCGUCACCUCUCGGGGUAAACUAGAACAAAAGCUCAAAUGGGCCUUUUCAAUGUACGACCUAGACGGUAAUGGUUAUAUAUCACGACAAGAGAUGCUCGAAAUAGUCACGGCAAUCUACAAAAUGGUGGGGUCGGUAAUGAAGAUGCCUGAAGAUGAGAGUACCCCCGAGAAACGUACCGACAAAAUCUUCCGUCAGAUGGACCGAAACAAGGACGGCAAAUUGAGCCUCGAGGAGUUUAUUGAGGGGGCGAAAAGCGAUCCUUCCAUCGUACGACUCCUACAAUGCGACCCCCAAGCGCAGUAGCCUAAGACCGCCUAAAUCGGUCACCAGAGACAUUUUAUCUUAAGUUUUUAACAACCACUCUUGUGUGAUCGCGGGGUUUCCGCGCCGACGUCCCGGUUGUCUUCAAUUAUCCGCGGAUUGUUAUGCUCACCCUCGCAUAGAUUUAGUGACAGAAUAUUUAAUCCUAAUUUAAUUUAGAAAUAACCUAAAUUUAAGCAGACUAUCUACUUGUAUUGAAUUUCAGUGGCGAUCUACAGGCUGUUCCAGAUAAGUUCCAACAAUCAUAUUUAUCUAAAAUUUUGUUCAUGGCCAUAAUGAAAAUAUUUUCAAGAUGGCGGCACUGGAAGUGAAUAGCAACUUCGUUAAGUUUUUAUUGCGUUUUUGGAUUACUCAAGUGAUUUUGAGAGAGUUUUUCCGUUUUCAAAAUAUUUAGACCUUUUUAAAAAAAAUGGAUUUUAUAUCUAAUUCAGAGAUUUUUAAACUUGAUAAGAGGCAUCUUUUUGGUUAAAAAACUAGCCAAACCGUUCGAAAUAGUCAAAAAUAAUGUCAAUUUGGAAGUUAUUUGCUGAUUUUUCGGCUUCUAUUGACAAAAUUUUGUAAACUAAUGCAAUUUUUGACCCAAAACAACCUAAAUUAUUUUGUCAGAAUUUCACUCACUUAUUUUUGUUGUGUUUAAGCAUGUUCUGACAAUAUCCUGCAAAAUCUGGUUCAAAAACGAACUAAAUCGAGCGAUAAAAUGAUAUCAAAUCCAAUCUAAUUUGAUAUUUAUUUAGUCAGUUUUAGCAAAAAUUUAAAUGUAUUUGCUUAAACACUAUAAAAAUGCAAAAAUAACACUAGUUUUGGUCUAAUUUGAUGAAUUUUUGGUUUUUGUUUUUAACGAAAUUUGGAAAAUACUUCUGUUUGUGGCCAAAAAUAUACUAAAACGCUUAGAAAUGGACGAAAUAAUGUCCUUUUUGACACAUUUAGCAAUUUUUUUACCUUGUUGAGUGAAAUAUCAUUUAGAAAAACAAAACUAUCUCUCGAUUUUUCAACUUGUUUUUGAGAAAAUUUAGUAAUUGAGUUUCUGCGUGGGUAAAAAACGUGCAAAAUGCAAGAAAAAUACAAAAAAAUAGUGUCAAUAAUUAUAGCAAAAUUAGAUCCAAUUAAAGUAAGAUAACUCACACUAAACGCUGAUUUGUUGUAAAAAUUCGAUUCAAAAUUCAAUAAUUAUUCACGAUUUUUUAAAUGGGUGGAGUUACUUAUCGUUGCUAGGUUUUUGUCGGAUUUUGACCAAUAAGAAAUAAAAACCGGUUUGUUCUCACCUUAGUGGCAAUUACGUGAAUGCGAAAUGAUUAUUAUUGGCCCUUGUAAAUGACCAAUAAAUUAACAAAUAUGUCCAACCAAUCAAAUUCAAGAUUUUGCAAAAACCACACCGAUUGUCAAUAAAAAAACUGUUUUAACUUUGAAAAACAG